AUGGUCGAUGAUCUUGGUGUUAAUUAUCUUGUUGUUAUUUUAAUAUCAUUCUUUUCUUCUGCUGAUGGUGGUGGUGGUGCUGCUGCAGUUUUCCCGCGAGUGGUAAGAAAAAAACGCCCUGUCAAGGGUCGUGUAUCUGUAUAUUCCCACCGUCUGGCUGCCUUGAUGUAG